UUUAGUCAGUCAAUCUGAUCAAAGUUGCUCAGUGUCAGGGCGAAGGCUUAGAGAGGAGCGCAGAUCCGGAAGGAAAAUGGACUCAGCAAAGACUACAGGUCUGCUAGAAAAAAUCUGAUGCAAAAUAAAAACAGGAACACAGAGCAGCUGUUGAAUUCACAAGUUAGCAGAACAUUUCACAGCAGGAUGUCAAACUCCCCAAAGUUUUCCUUCCACAACAGCAGCAGGUAUCAAGCCUUAUCUCUUGAGGUCGGCCUGCACACCUGUGAACCCUGCAGGACAACCUGCCAGCAGAUGGCGACCCGUCAGAUUAAAGAGGGCGAGGACAUCUGCUUCCCCCAACAAGGGAGCGACCACUCCGGCCUGAGGACUUCCGCUCUGAGCAGGAGACACAGCGCUGACGGGACCAUCAGCUCAGAACGCGCCCCGGCUGACCGCUUCCACCCGUACCGUCGACAGUUCAGCGACGGAGAGGUGGAUGCUUCAGAUUGCCUCCUUCAGAGCUCCUCUUCCCUCAGCAGCCUGCAGGAAGUGAACAUUCUCGAUACUGGUUCAUGCAGCAGAGAUGUACAAACAACCUGGGGCGAAUACAGCGACAGCAUUCAGAAUCUGUACCCAGAACUGCCGGCUGUACCAGUGGAACCUUACGGCUCUCUGUCUCAAAGUUAUCCAUCCUAUGACUCGAUGAGCUCCAUGCAGCAGGUUUCAGCUAAACUGUUUCCUAAUGCCGAUCAGCCACAAGGCACCAAAUAUCCCCUUCAGAGUCUCUCCAUUCAGCCACAUCAGGAGAGGUCAACAGAAGCCCUCUUCCCCAAACCCAUUUACUCCUACAGCAUCUUGAUUUUCAUGGCUUUGAAGAACAGCAAAACAGGAAGUCUGCCGGUCAGUGAGAUCUACAGCUUCAUGACUGAACACUUCCCAUAUUUUAAGAACGCCCCUGACGGUUGGAAAAACUCAGUAAGACACAACCUUUCCCUGAACAAAUGCUUUGAAAAGGUGGAGAACAAAAACGGCAACACUUCUCGUAAAGGCUGCCUUUGGGGUCUAAAUCCAGCCAAGGUGGAGAAAAUGCAGGAAGAGCUGCACAAAUGGCGCCGCAAAGACCCCCAGACUAUCCGCAGGAGCAUGGCAAAGCCAGAAGACUUUGACCGUCUGUUGGGAGAGAAGCCAGACAGACUAAGACCUUUUCCACCUUACCCAAGCACAAACACCACCAUAUUAAAAAGAGUGGCCCCUACGUACAGCCCCACCCCUUUACCUCUGAGCCCUACGCAGCCUCCACCGGCAUGUCGACCCAUUCCACAAUCAGAGUACGCUCAGAUUCAGCCCCACCAGCCCAGCUACCUUCCCCACACGACGCUCCAACCCAGCAGCUCAUUUGCCCUGUAUUCACCCUGCGGACAACAGCCUGCAGCCGGCAUCCCGUCACCCUCUAGAUGUCUGAACUCACCCAUAGCUGGGAAAAUGCCACCUGUUUACAGGGUUGGACUGCCGGGAGAGUACAAUGUUGACCUGAGGGGAAUGCAUGAGUUACUUCAAGAUGGAGACACCAGCUAUGACAUAGACACACUCAACCCCAGUCUGACGGACCUUCAGCUGCAAGGAAACUUGUGGGAGGAGCUGAGGAAGGACAGCGUGGUGUCAGAGCCACAUGGUCUGGCCACACACCUCUCCACCUCCUUUCCCCAGCAGGAUCACCACCAACAGACCAGCUGCCUGCAGGCUUUCAGUCCCACGUUCGAGGGGAAUGCUGGACCUCGCUGUAAAGCAGCAUAUGAGGACGAGGACGCAGACAGAAGCUGCUGGAAUGGACUACAUCCUGUCGGAUAUUCAGGACUGGAGAGUUUGGCUGGAUAUCUGACCUCCUGUACCACCUCCAUUUCCCUGAUAUAAACUGCUCUCCACUUCCUCUGAGACUUUGCAAACUAAUAAACAUUUCUCCUUGCGUUCACUUUUUAUGCUUAUAAACUUAAUCAGCUUUAAAACAUUGUCAAACUGAGACAUAUCCGAUGUAUCGUUAUUGAAUGUGAUUCAUAUAUUUGUUUGCAGAGUUGUUUAUUUAUUUACUUUGAGCAAAAUGUGUUUCAAUUUUGAUGUAUCUUGUUUGUACUGUCACUUAAAGAUUCAAAGAGUUUAUUUUUGUUGUUAUGAUUUCACCUCUUUAGUUGGCAUUUUCAGUUUUAAAUGCAGGCAAGUCCGUAAAUUAUUCCCUUACAUAUAUUAGUUUGAUUAUCAAAGUGAAAAUUAAAAAAUGUUAUCAGUUCAUAAAUGAAAACAUAAACAUGUACUCUUCUCAACAUGUUUUUUUAGCAUUCACCAUCCCAUUUGAUUAAUCCUAUGGAAGGUUUGAUGUGCCUAAAAUGUUAGAUGUUGUUCAGUUUUCACAAAGCUUAGUUAUAAAAAAACCAUUUGCAUUGA